ACCUAUCAAACUCCACAUUCCUCUUCUGUGCCCUUCUGUCCAAUUUCAGGAGCUAAAACGUGAGGACAGUACGAGCACAGAGGGAGGAAAGUUACAACUAGGAGUAAAUCUCCAACAUUAACUGGAGGGUACUGAAUUUACGGCACUGAAGCUGAAGGGGCUGUUUGUACACAGGAUACCAGACUCUUGCCUCAUCUCACAGCAGCCAUGGUGUGUCUACUCAUAUCCAUAACUGUACUGCAUUUGGUCACUCUGGCCAUGCUCCUCACUGCCACCCUGGAAAAGUGGUGGGUAUGGGAAGAUUCUAAAAUCUCAGACCUCUGGUAUAACUGCUUCCAUGACAACGCCACAGACACCUGGUUGUGUGCUGCUACAGAUGAAAGCGACUGGCUGCAAUCUGUCCAGGCCCUGAUGAUCCUCUCUGUUGUCUUCUCCUCAAUCUCCUUCCUGGUUUUUGUUGGUCAGCUGAUCACCAUCUCCAAAGGAGGACUCUUCUACUUCACAGGCCUCUGUCAGGCCUUUGCAGGUCUCACAGUCUUUGCUGCCUGCCUCAUCUUCACCUUCCACAGGAAGGAAAUCUUAGGUGACACUAGAGACCUGAGCAAAGGACGCUUUGGAUACUGCUUCAUCCUGGCAUGGCUGUGUGUCCCAAUCCUCUUUAUCAGUGCAAUGCUGUACGCCCACCUGCGCAAGAGGCAAUGAGAGAAGAAACAGAGAGGAGGGGAAAGCUUCCAUAUUAACCAUAUUCAGGGUGCCCUGACGUCAAGCUUUGAGUGGGAAGCUUAAGAGCUGUUAAAAUAAAACUGUGUGUUCCUGGUUGCAAGUUGUUAAAUGUAAGGAAUCUAUUUAAUACAGGCAACUGGUCUAGCCUCAGGACGCACCACCAACUCAGAAAUGUGGGUCUCAGCUGGUGGUAAGAAAUCGUGACCCAAAUUUCUGUUUUUUCAACCGAUGAGAUUUAUUUAUCAAGUAAACGUGCAUUUAGGACCCCAAACAUUACAAAACAUGUGACAGAACAAGGACACAGAACAAACAUUUUUUUUAAAGAUUUCUUCAUAGACUUUUGGACACUCGGCAGGCACACAUUUGCGACGCAUUGAAAAACGGCUCUGCGACCCACUUCUCAGUCCCGACCCACCAGUUUAUAACCACUGUUCUAAAAGUUAUUAUUUCACCACUUCUUUAUUGUACAGCAACCGGAAAGACAAUUUAAAAAACAAUAAUUCAGACGGCAGAUUGUAUUUAUUCAACGAUUUUCAAAUGUUUACUUAACAAGGAGGAUAUUUCUAGUUAUCUAAUAAGUGGUUCAAUGCCAAUGUAACAGCUUAAAAAGGUUUACUACACAAAUACAAAAAUACAACUCUGUUUUCUUUAUGACUAAAGUCCCACCCUACCUUGCAACACUAUCUCAUCUUGGUGGCCAUAUCUCUGUCUAGUAUGAGAUGCCAUCAAGAUCGUAACAAGAUAACUAAAGGUCAUUCAACUCAGACAUGCUCUAAGUACAUGUUCUACAUGUGUGAUUCUGAGAUAAUAUUAAUGUAAAGCUUGUUGUGUUUAAUAGAUUACUGUGAUUAUGGAAGGACAACAUGGCAAUAGGAAGAUUUUGUUAUAUUUGUAUGUACAUUUCUUUUUUAUGUAAUAAAAGCAAUAAAAUGA